AUGCUUAAACUAAUUUAAUAGUUGAAUAAACAAAAUAAAGUGAUAACCACUCUCAAUUUCUUUAAAUCAGGCUAUUUGCUCUCAGGAUCUAAUAAUAGUUAGAUAAUUAUGUGGUAGAAAAAUCUAAUUAAUCAGAAAAAAUAUCUACAAAAAUUAUAAAAUCAUUCAAAUCGCAUCCUUUGUUUGAUUCUCAACUCUAAUGAGGAUAUAUUAGUUUCAUCUAGUUAUGAUUUUUCAAUAAAAUUUUGGAAUCUGAGUUUUUAAAGUGUAAAAUAAUGGAAUAUGUAUAUAAACAUUAACUGA